AUGGAAAGCCAAAUUGAAUAGCUUUAUUAAGUUUUGGUCAGAUUGGAUACAGAGAGAGAUAAUAAGGAUCUUUACUCUUGGUUGGAGAAUAUUUGUUAGAAAUAGUUUGGUCUAGUUGAUAGCUUAGUAGCUAAUUUCAUAGACAACAUUGAAGAAGUAGAGUUUUCAAAGAAACUAUUAAAAGUUAUGAGGAAACUUAAUGAAAAUCUACCAGACUUGGUUCUCAAACAAUUCUUGAAUAACUAGAGAUUUCCAGGUGCUAUAGUAAAAUAUUUAGAAAAUACAGAUCUGAAAGACAUGGCUGGAGAUGCUUUCAUACUUUUGGUAAAUGUGUUUAAUGACACAACAAUCGAUCAUGUGAGCGAGAAAUUCCUCAAGCAACUCAUAUCAUCCCUUGAAUUUAUUACUGAUGAAAAUACACAGAAUGCUUUAGUCAGCAUAUUGAUAGUUAUUUGCGCUGGACAUGAAAAGAAAAAAGAGAAAUUGGAGGAGACAAUGACUUCAGAAAAUUAUGGAAACUUAACACAUGAGCCUAAUCUUGCUUUUAAAGAGUUUAUGGAUAGAGAAGAUUUCUAUAGGAAAAAGCUGCUAUACCUCACUAACAGAGGAAAUGUUUACAGAUUUGAUAAGUGUCUGGAAUGUCUUAAUAUAAUCAUGAAAAAAGAGGAGUCUAAAGAAUACUUUAACAUCAAUGAUUUGAAUCUGAUGAUUGAUAUUUGCUUGAGAGAGAUUUAAAGAGAAAAGAAAGCCCAAACUAGAGCCUAAAUUCUUAGAUUAAUGAACACAAUAAUUGAGAAUGCUAAGUAUAAGCAGUAUCCAUAUAAGUUAGAUGACAUUAAAGAUACUAUCAAUGAAUUGAUACUCUACGAGGAUGAGUCUACUGGAGGAUAUAGUAUGAAAGAAAAAGAGUGGAUCAUGAAGCUGAAUAUCAAAUUCUAAGUUUACAAUCUGCAAUGA